GAAAUGAAUGCUAAGCUUCCUUCAAGUGCCUUACACCUUUAAGCCUCCCAAGUGUACUCCUCAAUCUCGUAGUCUCUACGUACGAAAUAAUGCCGAAGUUGAUGUCAAAAUCCUAUUACUGUCAUAGAUUCAAGAAGUGAAUCUAUUCCCAUCAUCUCCACAUCUCCACCAAAACAGGGCAGUGUGCCAAGGAAACCCACCCGCAUCAGUCAAAAUGAGAGACCCCUGAACCGUUCAUCCCAAAUUAAUCCCAACAACAUACAGCAAAAACCAGCUCAUCCAAUAACAAACGCACCACAGGAAACAUAACCACCAAUCGUCUUCCCUCCACGAACGCCAUCCUGCUGAACAUCGGCGCAUGGCUUACCCCUGAGUGCGCUGAGCGCUGUGCUUGGCAGGUACCCGUCCCUGGAUUUUUGACUGGGAGGCGAGUGAGAAAGGGGGGUAUGUACGUGAUGGGGUGUGUUUAUUUCAUGGCGAGCAGGCUGUAGCCAGAUCACGUUCGAUGGGUUGCAAACCAGUAGGAAGAGGGGAUCUAGGCUGAUGGGAAGAGAUAUUUCAUCUAUUUGUUGUUUGUACACCUUGCCUUGUGCAAGCCAACUGCAGGCAGGGACAGGGGAGGAGUUGCGCAACGCAGGUACCAAAAAUGAGAAAUUGUACAGAGUAAGCAAGUCUUGACGGGCUAAUUUGUCUGGACUGACAGACAGUAGUGAAUCUGACAGAGCGGCCAGGCCUCGACAAAAUGGAUGCAAGUUGAGUGGAGGAACAGUCCAGCGGCCAUGCACUUGUACAUGGUAAGCGAAAGUGAUAUAGGAUCGCCCACCCUGCUCUUCCUUCCGCUCCUCCUCCAGCUUCUUUUCCCUCCACACACACGAUCUUUCAGGAAGUACUUAUCUUCGUUGUCGCUCCUUUUCCACUGACUGUGUCAGUUCAACCACUUCGCUUCUUGUGCCCGGUAUCAAUCACCCACACUCUUUUCGUCCCAAAACAAACAAACAAUCCCCACAGUCCUUCUGAACUUGCAACUGUCGCAACCACAACUCAUCAGUCGUCCACUCUUUUCGCAGUCAAGACUAACACACACUCAUUCAUUGAUUGAAUUCCAUUCACACUUGCUAGCAAAUUAGACUACCUAUAUCCAAAAAAAAAUCAAAAAAAUCACAGUAUAUCUCAGUACCCAGCAGAUAGAUCAAAACACAACAGUCGCACGACAAGUGUAUACAAGCCAUGCGUUCCUCAACUGUUUCAAUCAUCGCUUUCUUGGCGACGUCCUUGCUGGUAAAGGAUGUCGUCGCCGCCCCAGGGGCAGUUGAUAUUCGCAAGAGAGAAAACUACAUUAUCCAAGUCCAGGAGGAAGUUGUUGGUAAGAGGAUCUCAGUGUCACAACCAUAUUCGUACCUCUACUGACAGAUUGCAGUCUCACGAGGUCCAGAUGGUAAAUAUACCACUGGGAAGCCAGUCGCAGUAGCGACUGUUACCGUGCCAGCUUCCGCUCCAACUCCUGUUGUUGAGGACCCAAAGGACACUCCCAAGGUAGUCGACCCUCCCAAGGAUACUCCAAGCUCAAAGCCUAUCAAGGUCGUCGAGCCUACUACCAAGCCAGAGACAAAGGACCCGAAGCCGACUACGCAGGCAACAGCUCCACCUCCACCUAAGCCAACAUUGGAAGCACCCAAGUCCACAACCGAAGCCCCAAAGCCCACAUCGGAGGCACCCAAACCAACGAUCGCCGCUCCAAAGCCAACAACAUUAGUGGCCUCUGCUGCUCCUCCCUCCGAGCCAUCUGAAGAACCAGUUGCCGCAGCCGCCAAAGUGCAAGCCGCAUCCGGUGGCGCCAAGCGUGGUGUCGCAUACAACGAUGGUAAACUCGUCAAGGUCAUCAGCGGCUCAUCCUGGGCCUACAACUGGGCUGCAACCUCAGGAGGUGGAUUGCCAAGCGGAGUCGAGUACGUUCCUAUGCUCUGGAGUGACAAGGAUGAGAAGACCAACGGAUGGAACGACAACGUGCAAAAGGCCAUUAGCGCUGGAUCCAAGCAUGUCUUGGGAUUUAACGAGCCGGAUUUGGGAGCACAAGCUCACAUGUCUGUCGAUGCUUCUGUAACCGCAUGGAAGAAGUGGCUGCAACCUCUUGCUGGAAAGGUCAAGUUGGGUUCUCCAGCUGUGACGAACGGUAACUCUCAGCAAGAGCCAUACAUGGGUAUUCCAUACCUCAAGCAGUUCCUCAGCCGAUGCAGUGGUUGCACGAUCGACUUUGUCGUGAUUCACUGGUAUAACAACAACCCUCUCGACUCGGCCGUUCAAUACUUCAAGGACCACAUCAAGGAGGCCCACGAUGUAACCGGGAAGCCAGUCUGGAUCACCGAGUUCGAGUACACCGGCGGUGACGAAGCUGCGUUCCUCAAGAAGAUUAUCCCAUGGUUGGAGGCGCAAGCUUAUGUUGAGCGAUACUCGUACUUUAUGGCUGCGGAGGGCAAGCUCGUUUCUGGUGGUGGUCUUUCGAAUGUCGGGAAGGCUUACGUCGGGUAG